CCGGCCCGGCAGGGGGCGCUGCGGCGCCGCCCCCGCCCCGGGUCCCCGCGGGCCGCUCCCGGUGCCGGGCGGGGCGGGGCGGGGCGGGCGGCGCGCGGGGACGCAGCGUCCGGCGGCCAUGGCGGACACCGAGAAGCUCAACCUGGACUCCAUCAUCAGCCGCCUCCUGGAGGUGCAAGGGUCGCGUCCCGGGAAGAACGUGCAGCUGACGGAGAACGAGAUCCGCGGGCUGUGCCUCAAGUCGCGGGAGAUCUUCCUGAGCCAGCCCAUCCUGCUGGAGCUCGAGGCGCCCCUCAAGAUCUGCGGGGACAUCCACGGGCAGUACUACGACCUGCUGCGCCUCUUCGAGUACGGCGGCUUCCCCCCCGAGAGCAACUACCUGUUCCUGGGCGACUACGUGGACCGGGGCAAGCAGUCCCUGGAGACCAUCUGCCUGCUGCUGGCCUACAAGAUCAAGUACCCCGAGAACUUCUUCCUGCUGCGCGGCAACCACGAGUGCGCCAGCAUCAACCGCAUCUACGGCUUCUACGAUGAGUGCAAGCGGCGGUACAACAUCAAGCUCUGGAAGACGUUCACCGACUGCUUCAACUGCUUGCCCAUCGCUGCCAUCGUGGACGAGAAGAUCUUCUGCUGCCACGGAGGGCUGUCUCCCGACCUGCAGUCGAUGGAGCAGAUCCGGCGGAUCAUGCGCCCCACGGACGUGCCCGACCAGGGGCUGCUGUGCGACCUGCUCUGGUCCGACCCCGACAAGGACGUGCAGGGAUGGGGUGAGAACGACCGCGGCGUCUCCUUCACCUUCGGGGCAGAGGUGGUGGCCAAGUUCCUGCACAAGCACGACCUGGACCUCAUCUGCCGGGCACACCAGGUGGUGGAGGACGGCUACGAGUUCUUCGCCAAGCGCCAGCUCGUGACCCUCUUCUCGGCGCCCAACUACUGCGGGGAGUUCGACAACGCGGGCGCCAUGAUGAGCGUGGAUGAGACCCUCAUGUGCUCCUUCCAGAUCCUGAAGCCGGCCGACAAGAACAAGGGCAAAUACGGGCAGUUCAGCGGGCUGAACCCCGCCGGACGCCCCGUCACCCCUCCCCGCAACUCUGCCAAAGCCAAGAAGUGAGCACCCGCCGCUGGGGCCCGGGGCCCGGCCCCCCCAUCAGGUCGCUCUUGUUUCCAUUCGUUUUUUUAUUUGUAAGAUCCCGCCCCCCCCCGCCACCCUCCACCGAACCAAAAGCCCCCUCUGGGGCAGGGCCCCCCGGGGUGAGUGGGGCAGCCCACCCCUGGGACAGCAGUGGAGGGGGGGGGGCAGGAGGCUUUUUUGGGAAUAAACUUGUAAAGGGUC